AUGGCUAUCCCCACAAAGCUCUGUCUGACUCCAUUUAUUCUGGAUCAUCUUAGAAGGAAGCGAAGAGCCUCCGAAAGCGAGGCUUCAUCGGAAAGCGACAUGAGCGAGCCUCAGACGUUGCUUGACGUCGUUGGCGAUCAAGGGUUGGCACCGUCACAUAUGCCAUCUGAGGGCGAGCAGAAGACGUGCCAAAUUUGCUACGAUAUCUCGGAUGGGCUGCAUUUUGGCUGCUACAGCUGUCGGGCUUGUGCGGCUUUUUUUCGGCGUACCGUGACGUUGAAGUUGGACUAUAUUUGUCGAGCCGAAGCUAAAUGUGAAAUCCAGAAAUCCGGCCGUAAUAUGUGCAGAGCUUGCCGAUUCCAAAAGUGUAUCUCCCAGGGAAUGCAGAUCACUGCUGUCCAACAAACGCGAGACGGCAUUGGAAAGAGGAAGGAAAAGGAGAGCGCGGCGACCCAGGGCUAUAUUCCGUCUACUCGUCAGGACAACAAUCCACUUGCUCUUUGGGGCCCUCCUACCACCGAGCUGCACCAACCCUCGGCGUUUAAGAAACCAAACGUUGGGGAUUUAUUAGAAAGACCCGGAAGUAACGAAGGGUAUUUCUACGCCAGGACGAACGAGAUCUUUUCAAAUACCGCCCCAGUUGCACCACUUGGAAAUAUGGUGAUCUCCCCACCCUACUCCUCAUUUACUCCACCUCUCCAAAUGCAGAUGAAAAUAUUACCCAAAAUGCAUGACGGCUACUUGCAUUUUCUUUCCAUUCGCAAAGCCACGAAUAGCCUGGUCGAUAAUCAAAGUGUCCAAGAAAUGUUUGAGCCAAAAGAGACACUUCGCAUGAGCAAUUUUGAAUCGUCAAAGAAGGUCUGCCAAAUGGAGGCCCAUCUUGUGACGAGUGUCGUGAACAACUAUUUCCAUCCAUUCGCUACCGUGGAUUUUGAAGACAAGGUACUGCUUUUCAAAAACUUUUUCUGCUACCUCUCACACGUUGAUCGUGCAUAUCAAUCAUAUCGAGUAUUCGGUGAUAGUCCAGAUGAUGAUCGUAUUAUAAUGCCAGAUGGAGGCUUUAUUAAACUGAGCGAACUUGAGAAGUAUUAUGAAAAUGCUGAAUCUGUUAAAGCAGAUCCCAAGGAAGCAGCAACCAUUUUCCGCCCUGCAAUGUCAUAUAUCUUAAACACCAUUAUUGCCCAUAUGAGAAGGAUCGAGCUGUCCGACUACGAAUAUUUGGCGAUUAUUGCCCUGUUUUUGUGGCAGGAAGGAGUUCCUGGUCUUAAACAAGAAACAAUCAAAACCAUUUUCGAAACUCAUGAUCAAGUUUUCCGGGAUUUGCAUAUUUAUUACCAGCAGCAAGGCUUCGACGGCCCUACAAUUACUUCGAAGACCGCCCAGCUCAUGCUGAUAAUCCCGAAAAUGGCGCGCUCGGUGACGAUGAUCCGGGAAAACUACGAACUUGCCGAGCUGUUCAACAUUUUCGAGGUUGACGUGUGCUGCAAAUCAUUUAAAAAUGCCGAAUACCGU